GGAAACAGAUUCAGGCUAGACCUGAGAAGGGAUUCCUUAACCGUAAGAGCCGGUUGACAGUGGGGGAGUUUGCCUUGUGGAGUGGUGGAUUCUGCUUUGUUGGAGAUUUUCAGAUAGAGGCUGGGUGGAUGGCCAUCAGUCACCUGUGCUGAGCAGAGAGGGGUGGAUUAGACCUCCAAGAUUUCUUCCAACUCUAAAAAUUCUACGAUUUUAUGAGACUUGUAGAGCUGGCUGCUUAAAUGUCUAGGACUGCUUGUCCUUCUGGUGCAUUUCUAUGGCACAAAACACUCCCAAUGCCAGGCUGUCUGUCUCUUUAAGUAUUUAAAGGGUGUUGGAAGCAAAGGAAGUGGCUGUAAAAUAAGCUGGAGAGAGAGAGAGAGAGAGAGAAAUUAAAAGCACACAAGAACCAGAUCUGCCUGAGUAGGUCUGAUAGGCUCCCUAGCCAAGAGUAACUGGGUUACGUAGGCAAUAGGCUUAGCUCAACUUCAGCACCUGCAGAAAGAGCUGCUCUGGAGGCAGCAGGGGGGGAAAGCAAGUUCUCCUAAGUGGAGGAGAAAAAGCAGAUCUCUGCCUUUCCAGUGGAUCAAGCUCCCCUUGGCUGGAAAACUCCCAACUGGCUUCCAGGAUGGACUGCUGUAAUGAAGGGGCUUGCACCAAGCUGGACGAAGACAUCUUGGACAUUCCCCUGGACGACCCAGAUGCCAACGCAGCAGCCGCCAAGAUCCAGGCCAGUUUCCGUGGUCACAUGACUCGGAAGAAGAUUAAAGGGGGCGACCGAGAGCGGAAAAGCAAGGAUCCCGAGUGCACAAGCAGCACUCGUACAGGGGACUUACGCAACGGAGAUUAAGCUGCUGGUGAGAAGACAUCGAUGGAACAUCCAGCCACGUUUCCGAUUGGUCCUCUGAACAGCACUCUUCGGCUUCCAGAAGAACAAUCCCCAUCCCACAAGCCUGAUCACAGAAGAGACACAAUGCUAUCCUGCUUCCCCCUUGGACUGCCUUUUGAGUUAGGGCCCGCCGUCGCCACAAUCCCUUCUUAAAUACAAUGUUGACAUUCUCCGUCUCCUCUUGUAGCACAGACCCUCUGCCCCUUCUCUGCACGCAUCAGCUCUUCCGCUCCCAGAAUUUUCUGUACACACACACACUCAAUUUCUUUGUAGAACCGCGAGCCUGCCGUAUAUCUCUCCAUUUCUCCCACCCACCCACUUCUGUGUUUUUCCUUCCCUCUCACCCACCGGUCCUUUUGAACCUUCUGGCAUUUCCUGCAGAGAGUCCUCAUUCUAAGCAGGGCAGACAGUAAGGACAAUGCCACAUUUUGCAUAGCUCUGCCUUGUAACCUUUCCCAGCAAUGACCAACAGAGACUGGAGACAGAUGAUAGUGUUGGUAUGACAGAGGCACUGUUCUCCCUACUGUACAUCCGACUGUAGCUGGUCUAAAGAGGCCUGAAGACAGACACAAUAGUCUUAACAGCACUCACAGUUAAUUUCCCAUGUAUGGUGGGAUCCUGUCUUAGCAACUUGCAUAUCCACCCACCCACCCAUGAAUGACAAAACAAAGAUGGCUUUAAAACUCUUCAGUUAAAUGUUUCGGCUUUCACCUUCCUAGGUAACAUAUUUAUCACUUCAGUGACUACUUCUUGUGCAUCACUGGGAGCUAAUGUGACAGUUUUAAGAAUGCCGAGAAUGGAAGAAUUCCCAGGAAGGUGGCACAAAUUAAGUGUUAUAAUCCAGACUGAGGUCAUGGAGUGUUCAGCCGUUACAUGUAUAGUUUCAGAUCGCCCCCGUGUUUCUUCUAACAUCCUUGGAUUAGGUUACUUUGUGUGUGUGUGCAGAGAUAGAUGUGUACACACACACACACACACACACACACACACACAGACAGAGACACCCUACACACACAGACACCCUACACACACCCUACACACACACACACACACACACACACACACACACACACACACACACACACACUCUCUCUCUCUCUCUCUUCACCUUCUGCAAAUAAAAUUAAACAAUUUAAGAACAGUUACAAAGCUAUUCCAAGAAUGGUGGGGGCAUAUAAAUUGAUGAUGUUACAGGCACUAACCAAUUGGUGCCCAUCAGAGCUGGUUCUCCCCCUCCCCCGACAUCCUCAAACUUGCAGAAAUGUUUCCCCCAAACUCACUCCAGGACAGAAAUAUGUAUGAGUUUUCAGUGAAGGUAUGAUCAAACCACCACCUCCACCAUACUUGAAACGUUACGUCUGUCUGCAUUCCAGGUUGUGCUGGUUUUUGAGAACACGAAACGCUUGCAAAACCUGUUUAUCAGAGGCCAACAUAUGUGCUCUUUUCUCCUACCUUUUUCAACGUUCCGAAAACUAUUGCCUGUCUCCUGCCAGAGAACAAAAACCCCGUUCCUCCAGUGCAACUUGAUGUUCCAGAAAACUCUUUCCUUGCAUGCCGCAUGCCGAUCAAUUCCUUUGCAUCCAACAGCUUCUGAAAUUCCUUUAGCAAGUUUGUGUAGCCAACCUCCAUUUGUUAAUCGAGUCUCUCCUCCCCGACUGUCCUCAUUCAUCAGUAAUUCCAGGUUGAGAUAUUCAUUCUAUCAAUAUCCUCAGUUGUUUUCAUGGUGCAGUGAAUUCCUUUUAAACAAACUUCUUAACAGUAGCUGUAGGACAGUCAUUAACUCUCAGGUACUUUGGAUCAGUGGAUUGCAGUGAUCUCUCCAUUUCUCAAGUUCCACCAUCUGCUCCCUGUUAUCAGCAUGCAGGUUCUCAGUUUGCAAAGGAUGCUUUUGACCAUCCACCCACCCCUACAAUCAUUCCCCCUUGCAUGUUGCUAAACUUGGUCGAUCCAGGACUCACAGGGUUGGGGAACGACCAUGCACUUCUGUGGAUUCUUGUUUGCCUUUCAGCCUUGCAGCUAAUUCAGUUACUGCUGUCCAAUUGGCUGUUUAGUCCCACACUUCCUUAACCUCUCCCACAAAUUUUGCUUUGUUAAUUACAGUGAAAACUCUGCUUUUUAGAGAUAGGGCCUAUGGUUGCGUCCUGUUCUCUAACUCAAUGUUUCCCAACUAGGGAUGUGCAUGAAACGAUUUUUGUGAUUCGAUUCAAGUUUGAAUCAAAUCAGCCUGAUUCAAUUUGAGCUUGAAUCCUCUUGCUGUGUAUCUGGGGUCGAUUCAAUUCAAAUGUGAUUCAAUUCAAAUUCAAAAGCCUUAUUUUUAAGGGCUAGGGGGCACCAAAGUGGGCUGUGCAGUAGGGCCCCAUGGGUGCCAACUAACCCCCAACCCUCCAAAGGAAUCGGGCAAAGGGGUGAAUUUUAAGGAAUUUUUAUGUGUUGUGGAUUCCUGUUUUGAAUUAACUUCUUCAUGGGGAAUACCUAUGAAGAAGUUAUCUCAAAUUGAGAAUCCACACCAAGAAGCAAGGGAGCUCAUCAGCAAAGGAACCAGCCAGAGUGGUAGAAACAUCCAGAGGGCUGACACUGCGGAGACAAAAUGGUGACUCGAAUUGCCAAAUCGAUUCAAGCUCAAAUUGAGAGCUAUUCAAUUCUACCUUGAAUCUAGUCAGUGCCCAAAAGGGUGAUUCGAUUCAAGGUCCAAUCACUUGAAUGGACCAGAUUCAAGUUGAAUCAAUUUGGCCACAAAUCAAUUCACAUAUCCCUAUUCCCAACUUUUUUUUUUUUUAAUGCCAGCUACCCUUACAUUUAAAAAAAAAACAAACACACCCCAAACACCAGGGCAUAUUAUCCCCCCCCACCAACACAGACAAAUCCCCCCCCUUUUUUUUUUGAUGUGGCAAAGCUGCCGCAUGAUUUUUACUAAUGAAUUUAUUUUCUCCUCUUUAUUCUUGUAUAAUCUGUAUUCUUAUGCCCCCACACCCCACCCCUGCGUUCCUCAUAAGAACAUAAGAACAGCCUGCUGAUGAUCAGGCCCAAGGUAUAUAUAUAGUCCAGCAUCCUAUUUCCCACAGUGGUUCCUUUUCCUCCAAGGCUGGUGAUGGCCUGUAGUUCUCAUAGCCAUCGAGAGAUCUGUCCUCCAUGAAUUUGUCUAAGCCCCUCUUAAAGCCAUCCAGGCUGGUGGCUGUCACCACAUCCUGUAGCAGAGAAUUCCACAGGUUAAUUAUGCACUGUGUGUGGGUGUGUAGGGGAAGUGUCCUGGACCUGAUUUGCCCCUUAUACACUGCAAAGGUGCAGUGGAUGAGCGAGUCCACUUAAAAAGCAGGGAGCUUAAUACCCCACUUUUGGAGUCGACUCGCUGGCUUAUGGACGGGGAGGAACACGGUCUUCCCAGUGCAUUAUGGUUGAGUCAGCACCAAACGGGGAGCUUAAAUGCAGAGGGAGUCAGCACAGCACAUUGGCCACCAGUGUCCCCUGGCAUAGCUGUGCGCUGUGGCAUGUUGGCUACAGAACCACCACCCUUAGCAGGUCAGUCGCUGGACAGAAAAUGCAGUUCUGGUUUCUUCUGCCCUGCUCCCCAGCUGUCCAUUUCUUCCAUGAUCGCUCUCCUUUUGACCCACAAUAAAGAGGUGAACUGAGAAGGGAAUGGGGCCAAGGAAGGCCUGCACACCAUAAGAUGUGGGGCCAGAUCCUGCCUGCAGGGACUUUUUUUUUUUUGCUGGCCCCAAGGUAGGAAUAUCUUGCAACAACAGCAAGAGCCAUGGAGAUCUCUUGGCUUGUCCCAUUGAUGAGCAGCAGUGCUUCCAUCUAGUUGGCUCCUUCAGACCAGAUCUCCCCCCCCCGCCCCACCCCGCCCCACUCGCCCCAUCCACCUGGCUGGCCUCAUCCUGGGCCAGAAUCCAUUGACACCAUCCCUCGCUCUUUCCCCUUUGCUUACCUCCCAACCCACUGUCCCUCGCUUUCAUUAAUAUUUUGAAUAAUUAAUUUAAAUGUAAUAAUUAGCAUGAACAUUAAGCUGAGCUGAAAAUUAAGCUCAGCCCCACAUACCAAGUCAUGGUAGGUUCUGGCCCAUGGGGCACUUGAGCUGGGCAUCCCUGGGCUAAGGGGAGGUCAGCACAAGAGCAGCAGAAGCAGCAUUCACAGCAGCUGGGCUGUUUAGAGGGAGACAGUCCUUCCGGGUUGUAACAGGACUGGAGAGCCACACUGAGAAACCAAAUCCCCAUGAAAAAUAACCAAGAGGCAUCCAACAUGCAGGAGCCUUCCCUGAUCAGUCAGCUACAUUUGCAUCAUGCCUUCCCUUGGCUUGUGAAUACCCCGCCCUCCUUCCCUUCCCUCUCUGUCACACCCCACCCUCUCCAGCCUGCCUCUCUCUGCAUCCACAUAGGUGGGAGGAGCGUGUGCAGUUGUCUUUCUUAAUAUCCCUUUGGUUGUGCAUGUGAUUUCUUCUAACAAGAUGGAAUGUUAAUAAAGGAAUGUUACUAUGAAA